GGCAGGCUGCGGCCAGCAGAGCCCCCAGGCUGCCAGAGCCAGGAACCCCAGGUGGGACCAAGGACUUGUGCCUCAGGAUGUUGACGACUUUGUGGCCUCUCCUGCUGCUGCCUGCCUGGGCCCUUUGUAGCCAGGAAGCCGAAGCUUCAGAUGGCCCCCACAGCCUCCACAUGCUCCAGAUCUCCUACUUCCGCGACCCCUAUCACGUGAAGCACUGGGGCAACGCGUCCCUGGGGGGACACCUGACACACACACUGGAAGGCCCCGCCAACAAUGUCACCAUCCUGCAGCUGGAGCCCUUGCAGGAGCCCGAGAGCUGGGCGCGCACCGAGAGCGGCCUGCAGCUCUACCUGCACCAGUUCCACAGCCUGGUGCAGCUGGUGCACCGGGAGAGGAAGGGCAGCGUGGUCUUUCCUCUCACCAUCCGCUGCUUCCUGGGCUGUGAGCUGCCUUCUGAGGACUCUGAAGCCCGUACCUUCUUCAAAGUGUCCGUGAAUGAGAGCUCCUUUGUGAGUUUCCAGUCAGAGAAAGCCCUGUGGGUGGCAGAUUCCCAGGAACCCUCCAAAGCGGUCACCUUCACCCUGAAACAGCUCAACGCCUAUAACCGCACGCGGUAUGAAUUGCAGGAGUUCUUGCAGGACACCUGUGUGCAGUAUGUGGAAAAGCACAUCGACAUGAAAAACUUGAAAGGAAGUCAAACAGGCCGCUCCUACGCUUCGCUGGUCCUGGGCAUCCUGCUGGGCAGCUUUGUAAUUGCUGGUGUGGCCGUGGGCAUCUUCCUGUGCACAGGUGGACGUCGCUGCUGAUUACUGUCCAGCCCCUGGCAGAGAAAGGGCUGGAUCGAUGGGGGCUGGCAGGGGACAUCUCAGCAUCGGAAGCCAAACAGACUCUCCACAGGGGGGUGCAGUACCUGGGAAAGCUUCGAGUGACAGUUCCUUUCUUCUCCCACAGCAGAUUCCCAAGGGUUGGGGGAAGAGGAUGCAGGGAGGGACGAGGACCAAGUACUUUGUUUGUUAAGAACCGCUUUGUUGAAUUGGUGUGAGAAGUGAAUGCUUUUCUAUCUCUGUUGAAAACUGAAAUUGGGUCUCAUGGGGGGGGUUGUCUUUGGCCACCUGCAAAGAGAGAUCCAUCAGAGGCAUUCAAACCAUAACUCAAUAAAACACGUUGUCGGUGACCAAAAUAAA